CACUCGAUAGCAGCGACGCUCGAUUGUUUUGGGCUGCUAAAAAAAAUGGUUGCGAAGUGUCAACCUUAGCAAUUCUCUGUCAUUUUUUUAAAAUAACACUAAUAAAAUUAAUAAUUCCUUUCUGCAAUGGGAUUAUCGCAGAGCUCAGAGGCCCCCGAGGGAGGGACGUACGGAUACCAUGUCCACGGCAUUCAGCCUAAUUCUCCUGCAGAAAGGGCGGGACUGCAGCCCUUCUUUGACUUCAUUCUGUCUCUGGACAACAAGAGACUCAGUGAGGAAAACGAGCAGCUGAAGGAGCUCCUGAAAGCCAACAUGGAGAGAGCUGUGAGGAUGGAGGUGUACAGCACCAAAACCGCCGGGGUGCGAGAGCUGGAGGUGGUGCCCAGUAACAUGUGGGGGGGACACGGCCUGCUGGGCGCCAGCGUUCGCUUCUGCAGCUACCAAGGAGCCAGUGAGAACGUCUGGCACGUACUGGACGUAGAAGCCGGUUCACCAGCGGCACUGGCAGGUCUUCAGUCGUACAGCGACUACAUUGUCGGGGCAGAUCAGGUGUUGCAAGACUCGGAGGAUUUCUUCUCGCUGAUUGAAGCCCAUGAAGGGAAACCCUUAAAGCUGCUGGUGUACAACACACGAACAGACAACUGCAGAGACGUGAUGGUCACACCCAGUGGAGCGUGGGGAGGAGAGGGCAGCUUGGGUUGUGGCAUCGGUUAUGGCUACCUGCACCGCAUUCCUGCAACUCCAGAAAUGUCGACAGACAAGCCACCCAUCCCAGUUGCAGAAGAGAAAUCCUCUCCACAGGAGCCAACACAUGGGUACACAGAGGCGCCUCUUAUGGCCCCUUCAACCCCCAGUGAAGAUUUGUUAGACGUGGAGCAGAUCACCCUCCUAGACUCUGUCGUACCUCCACCAGAUCAGACAGUGAUGGACUCUGGUUUAUCCGAUUCCGAUGUGGCAGUGAUGAGCCCUGACCCUGCAGAUCUUUUGGACAGGCUGGACGUGUCCACGUCUUCCAUCGACAUGACCAACACUUCCCUGGCGAUGCACGAGGAAAAGGAGGGUGACAUAUCUGGUGUUGAGGAGCUGGAGGACAGUGCUCUGCCCUCAUCAUCUGCAGAGAACCAGAGUGAACUACAAGAGCAUGUCUCCCAUGCAGCUGUGGAGCUCACCGCUUCCCUCGCCGCUCCCGACACUUGGUCUGACUCCGGAGUAGCUCCAGCUGAAACUUCUCCUCCGCGCACCGAGUCCGCAGACCUUCAGAGCUUCGUCGUGGAAUCCAGCGGCACCCUGAGUCCGCCUCUGGGCGUGCUGUCCCUUCCCGAGGAGACGUUUCAGCCUUUCACUGAAGAGCCUCCGUGCCCAUCUCCAGUAGACCUGAUCGCGACCGCGGCUGCUAAUGGGGCGGACUUUCAAGUCUUAGGCGAUGCGCAAGCGUCGGUAUGUGAGUCAGCAAAGCCUGUAGAUUAUCAGGACGGUGGGGAAGAACCUGAAAAAACACAUUUUGAUUAAGUUUUCCUUCGGUCAUAUAGAGGCAACGCUAAUGCAUUGUGGCGUAGACAAUCAAUAUUUACCUUUCUUUUAUCCAUUUCUAUAAAGGAAGCCCUACAUUGCUGUGGAAAAGCAUUUCAACUAGGGCUGGGCAUUAAAUUCGUUUUUCUUUUUUUUUUUUUUUUUUUUAGAAAAUAAGUUGGGCCACAAGAUGGUGGCCAAGUUAGCUUCUACUUAUUUGGACUUUGAUUUCAACUCUUCGACGGAAUAUAAGCGCCAGGCUAAGAUUUUUUUUUAAGCUACAAAAAUAUGGUCAUAAAAUUACAAGAAUUUAGUCGUGCAAUGAUAAGUGUUUAAUAAAUAAGUCAUCGUUUUAAUAGUUUUACAAUGUUUUUUUUCUGGAAAUAUUAUGACUAUGAUGUUGUAGCCUGGCCCUAAUAAAAAUCCUAGAAGCCCCUUUUUAAAGAUGUUUUUUUUGUCAUUUGUAAUUCCUUUUUUAGAAAAGAAAAUGAGAAAAAAAUAGAUUGAAAUCAGAUUCCGUGUGAAAAACUGAUUUUGUUAUCAAGCUAAAUUGCCCAGCCCUACUUUUUGUAUUUCAUCAGCUUAUCUGGAAAACAGAAAAAUACUUUUCCUACAAUGCCUGUAGGAAGUAAGACUGACAAAGUUAUUCCAAAUUGUUGCACUACAGGAACAAGCUGAGACUUUAACAUGAGAGAAGGGCGAUAAGUACAAAAUGAAGUUACUGAUUUUUUUUUUUUUUUAGCAUAAAGUUUAUUUACUUUAGUGGAAAAUUAGUGGACACGGGUUUUUGAAACGUUGCUUGCAGCGCACUAAAGAGACGAGUACUUGAAUAGUUCCAAAGACAAACGAAUCGACUACUGCAAAGCACAGCUGCACCUUCACGUCUCCAACACUACGAACUUCUCUGACACUACUAGACUGCUGGCUGGUAAAAUAGGUCCUACUGGCGCACUGUUCCAUCUCUGCUAAUGUUUUUGAACUAGUGUUGUUUACAGAGUGAUUACUCAGCUUUAAACAUUGGACGUGGGACACUUUUAGUCGUGGUCGUUGAUUGGAACUUAAAGGGCUUUUCUUAUAGCAAUGUUUGAGAUGUGAUUUAUUUUCUUUUGUUGUAAUAUUUAGAAAAUGUUUCACACCAGCUCUGAUAAGGUUGGUGUGUUUUUAACAAAGUCUUUAGUUUUAAUUAUUGUAAUUGCUGUUUUUCAGCUGCAUAGCUUUUGGAGAGUUUCAUUCAUGUAUAGCUAGCUGUCUGCCCAUGUUUCUAUUGAAAAGAGAUGCACUGACAAAUUAGUUGGUAACCUGACUAUUAACUCAAAAAUUUGAUAUUUUUUGGAUGAACACGCCAUACCAUAUCACUUGCAGAUUGCAUAAACAACACUCUGCAGUGUGGACGUCGUUACAGAGCGAGGAAGACUUGAGAUUUGGCCUUUUCAGGGUCAGUGGAUUAAAUCAAUGAUUUUGUCUUUAUUUUAAAUUUAAUGACAGCAUUGUGUGACUUCACCCUGCUACUCAUACCAUAAUUGACCAAUCAAAACAAGGAUAUAUUGAAGCCUGUUGAUUAUGGUCCUUAAGUCUGUAUUGUCAGGUCAACGCUUUACAAAACGAUAUGAAAUCAGACCAAAACAAAUCUCUCUGAUCUGUACAUCUCUACUACUGGGCAUCAUUGACACCUGUUACUUAUGUAGUCUAUGCAAAAAAAAAAUUUCAAUUUCUAAUGUAUUUUUGAUGAGAAAAGCUUUUGUAAGUAGAAGUCUGAGAUUAUUGAAGUACUCUUCUAUUUUUUUCCUGUUCUCUUUAUGGGGCUGAAUAUUUUUCGUUAAAGUAGGUGCCAUCAUGUAAGGGUUGAUGUUUUUAGGUACGUUAGUCAGGAAUGAAUGCAUGAUGAAUGUGAAAUGGGUGAGCUGAUUGUUAAACAAUCGAUUUAAAAGAAAGUGUCCCUUGUUUUUAUUCCACACUCAUCAGCUGAUCACAUUACAGCCCAACAAACAUCCACUUGUCAUCCCUAUAGAUCUGUCAUUCCAAUUUAUUUCUUCGAAUGCCUAAAAUAUACAUAUUUCACAAAUUAUUACAAGGAAUAUUGCAGUAGUAUGGCCUAAUUGAGGUACAUUUCCUAUCUUUUUUUUUUCUCUCUCUCCAGGUUUUCUUGUUUUGGCCAAUCAGAGCUUGCUCCAUGUGUUUUUCCUUUAUGGCGUUACAAACACACACACACACACGUCAUGGCAAAAUUAACUCCAGAAGAUUUACAGUGAAAAGAUCUCUGCUCCGAGACCUCCAAGAGAGACGUAGCCGUUAGCGUUUAUUUCACUUUGGUGAGUUUCCCACAGUGGUUGGAUGCUCCUAAUGCUCUUCUAUUGAGAUCCCCCUUCAAGUUAUAGUUACUCUUAGUAAACCUAAAUGACAUGUACACAAAGAACAGUCCUCACUGCCAUCAAAAUCACUGCUCGAGUUAUUAAGAUAUAUACCUUAUACUUGUUUCCAAUUCCUAAAGUGACUUGGAAAACAAACUAACAUUUGUCAGGGUAAACUGCGUUGCUGUGAAUGCAACUCUUAAAAAUCAAGUUAAGUUACUUUCAUGAUGACCAAUCUGCUCUGGCAAUUUAAGAA